AUGUUUUCAAAUGAAUCUACACUAAUUGGUACUGACGGAUCAUGUAACAAUAAUAUUGCUGGAUACGGUAUUGUAACUGAUCAGAAUGUUUCCAUCUCAAGUCACACCUUAGGACAAGGAACUUCCUACAACAGUGAAGUUCAAGCACUCCACACAGUUGUUAGAUUGCUUGAUAACAACACUCCUAGAACAAUAGUCAUAGAUGCGAAAAGUAUUUAUGACCAACUUUUCCAAUUCAGAAAAUCUAGAGAUCCUUAUGUUGAAGAAAUUCGUAAUUAUUUAAAAGUGAAGGAUCAGAUCAAAAUUAUGCAUGUUAACAGUCAUACAGGUAAACAAGAUAUCUAUAGCCGUAUAAAUGAAUUAGCAGAUAAGGCUGCUAAGAAAGGUGCUGAUUGUAACAAUAUUCUUACUAAUAUUCCAUCCAAUAAUUGUGAUAUAAGAAAAGAAAUGUUUAGGAAUUUAUAUAAUAUCUCAAUAUAUGCAAAGAAUAACAGGAAAUUCUCCAAACGACUAUUGUACCUCAUCAAGACCAAGCAAGAUAUCCAUAGCCUAACAGGUGCUAAAGUUGGAUUGGGUAAGAAAUGGGACAAAGUAUUUACUAAGGAAGCUUAUCGAUCUAUUACUAAAAUGUGGAUGAAACGAAAUCAUUUUUUCUUGGAAGAAUUGAAACUCACCUGGAAUGAAUUUGAACAACAAUACGAUUUUAAUCCCAAUUUCAUUGAUUUGAACAAGUUUAAACUAUACAUGAAAUACUCACGACCAUGA